AUGGUGGAUCCUUUACUGUCCCUGCUCAAGAUUGUUGUAUACAUAAUUUUUGCAACGAUAGGUGUUUUUGGAAAUCUGGCAAUUGUUAUAAUAACUUUUAAGUAUAAGUCAUUGCAAUCUAGAUGUUGCGUUCUUAUUGGAAUUAUGGCUUUCUUCAAUUUAUUUUACUGCAUUUAUUUUAUCCAAUUGAGGGUGAUGAUGAUUAUGGAAAUAUACAAUAUUACGAACAAUUUGUGUUUUUUCCUAUCGAUUUAUGGAAUAUUUUCAUUAAAUAUGCAGAGUAUGAUUGGUCUUUUUAUUGGUCUUGAUAGACUGUACAGUGUUUCAUUUCCGGUUAAAUAUUCUACAAUUCCAGUGUAUCAGUAUGGUAUUGUAUUUUCCUGUUGCUGUAUUCUUUCAUUAGUCGUAUCACUUGCAAAAUUAUUUUACUUAUCAGAAGAUAUUGUUUUAACGGUUUGUUACCCAACUACAUCCAUGUAUGGAGUUCCAUUAAGUAUAUGGUUGGGAAUGAAUUUCUCGAUUGCUGUUGUAGUUAUAUUUGUGUAUGGAGGAGCUCAUAUCAAAUGCCGGAAACUCAAAAACGCAAAUAGUCAUGUGAAACUGGUGGAAUCGGUUAAUCGAAUUUUGAAAUCUAUGAUAGUUGUUAUUUCUCUUUACGUUUGCACUUGGUUUCUAGCAUUACUUGUGAUUUUCUGCACAUACGUUUUAAAAAUGGAUAAUCCGUUUGUAAUAGCUCUUGAAAGUGUAACUGGAUCGCUUAUACUUUGUAAUUCAUCUAUGAAUAUUUUUAUAUACUUUUGGAGAACUCCAGAAUACAGAAAAGCUAUUCUUCAAUUUUACGGAGAAAUAACUUUUAAAUCGAAAGAAGCUUCAAGGAUACAAGUAUCGUUUAUUCCAAAAAAUCAACUUGUUUUAAUUUGA